GGGGGCCAGGCAACAUCUCAGUCUUGCAGCCGAACUUGGUAGCUUUGUUCAUGUGGUCCUGGAUUUGUAGGCAUGAAAGGUGCAAGAGAAAGGGGCUCAACGGAGGCUUGUAUCAAUUCCUGGCCUAAGGCCAGACAAUGUGUGGCAAUGUCAGAGUCCCUACAGGGAGGUAGUGAGAGGCCAUUGUGUGAAACUGGGAAGAUGAAGCCUACCUUACAGCAGAAACCCCAAUCAUGUUGGAGAUGCUAAGACUGGAAAUGUGUAGGCAUGGAGUGGUACUGGCCCAUUAGAGAAUGUAUGCCACAGGCAGCAGAUCUGGAGAUUCAUUUGGACCUCAGCGCCGUCUCCCUGUGAAGAAAACCCGACAACAACUUCAGCGAGAAAAAGCCCUUCUGGAGCAAAGCCAAAAACUUGGACUUCAAGAUGAGCCAUCCUCAUUACCUCCUGGGCAGCAGCUUUCUGCACCAAAACAGAGCUUUAGCAUUGAACAACACCGCUGUUCCAUUACUGCUUCUAGUCCUCUCGCACUGCCCUCUCCUACUGCAAAGCCACAGGGCACUGACAGUCAACCAAGGGAACAAGGACUUGAGAAUUCCCAUGAUGGUCACAGAAAUGAGAUUCUGCCUCCAAAGCCAGAUUGCAUAUUGGAAACAAAGAAAGUGGAAUUGCAAGAAAAAUCUCGUUGGGAAGUCCUGCAACAAGAACAGCGACUAAUGGAAGAGAAAAAUAAGCGUAAGAAAGCUUUCUUGACUAAAGCAAUUGCAGAAAGAUCUAAAAGAACUCAGGCCGAAACCAUAAAGCUGAAGCGGAUCCAGAAGGAGUUGCAGGCUUUAGAUGACAUGGUGUCAGCUGACAUUGGAAUCCUCAGAAACCGAAUUGAUCAGGCUAGCCUAGACUACUCAUAUGCAAGGAAGCGGUUUGACAGGGCCGAAGCUGAGUACAUCACAGCAAAGCUAGAUCUCCAGCGCAAGACAGAGACCAAAGAACAGCUCACAGAACACCUCUGCACUAUCAUCCAGCAGAACGAGCUCCGCAAGGCCAGGAAGCUGGAGGAGCUGAUGCAGCAGCUGGAUGCACAAGCUGAUGAGGAGACUUUGGAUUUCCCAGUGGAGGUUGUAAACUUGCUGGAGGAACAGGAACAGGAAGCGGAAGCAAGGAAACAAGUGGUUGCUGUAGAGAGGCCUCUCCAGCUUGGUGGGGACGGUAUGUCAUUAGGGUGUGCCAAAGACAACAAAAAGCCUCAAGAACAAGCUGGUCCCCCAAAGGUAGACAAACCAUGUGAAAAGUCCAGUAGCUUGACCUCUAAUCAAGACUUCCCAGACAGAAGUGCUAAAACUUAGCAUUUCUGCUGCUCUGACUACAUGAGGGGCUGUCACUUAUGUAACUUUCUGCGGAUUGUGUCCCCUUUUCUGAUAAAAGCCUCUUUAAAACCAAGAUUAGUUAUAGAAGGCUAAGAGGUUUGGUCAUUCCCAAUUCCGAAAUUGUGGCAAUUUUGUACCUGUAGGGAUAUUUCACCUUGAUUUUACUUAAUUCCCUUAGUGUUCCUUUAAUCCUUAUUAUUGAGUUCAAAAUAAGUGGUUUAAAAGGAAGGAAGGAAUUACCAUGAGACUUUUUUUAUAAUCAUGGAAAAUGUUAAUAAAAAUUUAAAAAUUAAAAAAAAAAAAGAAAGGAAGGACUCAAGGUCAUGGGUUUGAAUCCUUAGCACUACAAAACAAGCAAAAAUGAUGGACAGAAAACUACUUGGCUAAGGUGUUUUUGAACCAGUAAGUACAGUAAAACAAAAUGAAAAAUACUCAAUACUUAAACAUGAUUAACUUCUGGAAGAAGUGUUGAGAAUACAGGUACUGUUUUAUUCAGUCAUUGAAAAGACAUAAAUAACUACAUAAACCAAAGAAGAGAUGGGAAGAAAGUACAGGGGAAGUCAUGAAUUAGAUCUUACUACAGUUAGAAAGGACAACUAGGAAAUCAGAGUUUACAGAAAGAAUUAGACAACUUAAGCCUACAUGAUUUUUGUCUUUAUUGCAUGCAAAUGGUUUUAGUUUAAACCUGAAUAUUUGUUAGUUGAAGUUAACAUGCAUAUACUGUGUAUCCAUAUCAUAUUUUACUUUUAAACUAUUCUGUUUUCUUUAAUCAGUGGGCUGAUGAAUGAAACUUAGACAAUGAAAGCAUUUCUAAAAUGAGGAUAAAAAUGAUAACAAAAAAUCUCAUUGCUAAUUUUUAUUUUCUAAACAAUUGAUGUACUUCCUUCCUAAAGCCAUCAGUAAAAUAAGUGUUUUAUAUGUUGGACAUUAAUUACCCUGUCAUAGGCAUUUUAGUUGUAAAAAUGCUGAUUUCUCAUGACUUCAAUAGUUUGUUAAUUAUCUGUUACUUAAUACUUGACCACUACAUCAUGUUACAUGUAAAUGUGCAUACAAAUAUUGUACUUUUGUCACAGAAUCCAUCACAACCUUAAAUUAUGACAUAUUUAUCAAAAAUUCCAAAUUAAAAAGCUACAUUUUUAAUUAUAAAAAG